CCGGAAGCGUCGCCGUGCGGCUCCGGCCGCGAAGUGGGUCCCGCGGCGGUAAGCUGGGGUCGCCGGAUCUCCAUGGCAGCGCUGCGGCAGCAAGCGUUUGUGGAAAAAGUGCUGAGGAGGCUUUUCCCUAGUGUUCCCGUGACACCGGCUUCCGACAAAGCAGCCGGGAGAGUGACCGCUGAGGAGGUCCCCACGCUGACAGAUGAGGACGCCAAGGCCCCCCCUCGAAGGCGGUUCUACACGGCGAGUUUGCCUCCUGAGGGGUACGUCCCCGCUCCGCCAGAGCCGCAGGGCAGCCCGGCCUCCGAGGACACCUCGGGCAGCGAUGAUGCGGGAGGAGGGCGCCAACUCUCAGAUGAGGAUCUUCAUGAUCAACCAAAGAGAAGAAGAGCAAGAAAGCAUAAAUCCAAGAAAAGUUUUAAAAAUCCCAAUAAUGAUCAUGCAGAACAAGCAGAAUUAAAGAAACAGCAGAGUCUUUCACAAGAAAAACUGCAGCCACGGCCCACAGAUGGCCCCACAAUCAGUAAAAAUAAAAAGAGGAAACUGAAGAAGAAGCAGCAGAUGAAGAGGAAGAAAGCUGCCGGCUUACUGACCACAGCCUCUGGCCGCAACUUCAUGUACCAGCCCGAGGAGGGCGACAGCGAGCAAGAAGCCCUGAGAGAGAGUGACGGGGAGGAUGCUGCAGAUGCCCUCAGGGAGGACGGUGCAGACGCCCUCAGGGAGGACGGUGCAGACGCCCGCGGGGAGGACGGUGCAGACACCAAUGAGGAAGACAUUAAAAGUACCAAUGAAAAGGCAGAUGAUAUCCUAAGGUUUCUAAAGUCAACACAAGAAAUUUACUUUUAUGAUGGUGCCUCCAAGGAUGAUGCAGACUCUGCUGUGUCCAUGGAAGCCAGUCAGGAGCUGUUCCAGCAUCUCGAGGCUCACAGCAUGGCCCCCUCCGAUGUGCGCCUUGUGCAUCACAUGAAAACGCUAUUACUCGUGCGAGACACCGAGAGCCUGCAGCACGCCCUGGAGAGGCUCCCAGCAUGUUGUGCCAUGCCGCCCGAGAACCACCGCAGAGCCCACGCCUGACCCACACCAGG